AUGCGAAUUUUCAACACAGUUCCUCCACCUAUGGACGCGGAAAAAGAUUCUUUGAAACGAAGUAACCAAGGUGCAAUUACGGGAAUAUCUGAGGAGCCUUUGAAAAAGAAAUCGUUACCCAACUACAAUAAUCCCAUGCAGGGCAUUACGCUUACUCCUCAGCAGCAACAACAGAUUCUCCAGCAGCAAGCUUUACAAGCAGCCGCUCUUAGUGGUAGACAAAUACAGGCCACCCCUGGCCCCAUGGGCUUUUCUCUCAAUCAUAUCCCUCAAACGGCUCCAAUUCAUUUAACACCUAAUCAUCCUUUAUAUGCUCAUUAUGAAAAACAAUUGUUACAACAACAUCGUCAGCAGCAACAACAACAGCAGCAACAGUUUCAAGCCCAAGCUCAAGCCCAAGCUCAAGCUCAAGCUCAAGCUCAAGCUCAGCUUUUAUCUCGUGCUCAAUCUACAGUUGUUGCUCCUCAGGCAAUUAAAGCUCACGCUGACACUCAAGCAAAGUUUUUGGCAGUUCAGAACUCAAAUAUUCCAUUAUCUGUGAACGAGCUAACCAUGCGACAACUGGAAAUGAACCAGAUGGAUUUGACACACCUGAUUGGCUUGCAACAGCAGCAACUCGCAAAAAAUCCAAAUAUAUCUCAAGCUGAACAUCUCGCUCUUCUGGAACAGUUACGUCUACAUCAGCACCAGCAACAAGUUCAAGCUGUCCGGCUUGGACAAGUACAGGCUGUACACGCAGCUCAAGCAGCACAAGCGGCGCAAGCAGCUCAGGCAGCGCAAGGACAGCAGCAACCCGGAAGCCGGCGAGGAAGUAUUUCUGUUCCAGUUUCGAUACCUGCGACAGCUAUUAAUUCUCCCCUUAUGAGAGGAAAUAUGAAUGGUAACGUCAUGCCGCCAGUUACCAGCUCGCUGUUGCUAAGUCAGCAACAGCAGCAAUUUCUUCAGCAACAGCUGGCUCAGCAACGCCAAGUAGCUCAAGCUCAAGCUGCCCAAGUAGUUCAAGCAGCUCAAGCUGCUCAAGUAGUACAAGCAGCUCACGCUGCACAUGCAGCUCAAGUUGCUCAAAUUGCUCAAGCCACACAAGCAACACAAUGUGGUCCGACUGUACAAGCAGCUCAAGCUGCUGCCAAUGCGAAUGCAGUCGCUCAGUUACAAGCAUCUAUAGCCUUUUCACAAGCACAACACGUUGGAGUUGUUAGUUCUUCCGCAUCACCUCCUACUAAACCUUCCAUCAUAUCCCCUUCUGUUCUUCAACUUCAAGGCCAGACCUCACCUCGAGCGCCUCAGGUUCAUCUACAAAAGCCUCAAGGACAAACAGUUCAACAAGUUUCUGUACAAGGAUCGCCAUCGACAAUGUCUCCAACUCAGAACUCCUUAACAUGCCAACCUCAGCCUUCUUUGACGGUGUCCCAAGGUUUAAAUGGUCCUCAAGUUAUGUUAUCUGGUCCUGUUCUUCAAGCUUUUCUGCAUCAAGUACAGGAAUAUCAUGCUCAAGUAGCAGCAGAGUUGAACUCAGGCUCCCAAGGAUUAAGUAACUCAAAAUGA